UUCAAGGCUGAUGCGGAGGUCCUUAAUGGGCUAUAUGCAAUCAUGGAGAAGAUGGGACCUGCUGGUACUUCUCAGAUAGACCUUUUUCGAGAGCUACAGAUGUUCUCAGAUGCACAAGGGGAGACCUUCUCUCGUCCUGUCGCCAAAGACGGUAGGACAACUAUGAUGCCAGAUCAUUGGUGGAACUUUUUUGGCCCAGAGACACCAAAUGUUCAGAAGUUGGCCAUUCGUAUCUUGAGCCAACCAUGCAGCGCAUCAGGUUGUGAGCGCAAUUGGAGUAUGUUUGAGCACAUACACUCCAAGAGGCGCAAUAGAUUAUCUGUGGAGAAGAUGAAUGAUCUCGUCUUUGUUCACUACAACCUCCGCCUGAGAAUGAGAAAGAAUGCAACAGUUGACAUGUCUCCUAUCAUUCUAGAUGAGGUUGAUCUUGAAGCAGAGUGGGCCAAUGAGAAUCAGACAGCUCUUGGGACUCCUACAGCUGUAUUUAGUGAUAAUGACAUUGAUUGGAUCGACCAGGUAGAUAUAGAGGCUGAGGCUGUAGCCAUGGCAGAGGAGGAGCAGAGAGCACGAGCAGAGACAGGAAAUACUGAGACUCAGAGUGACACACAUGUUCCUGAUGUUGGUGAGCAUGACACAGCCGUUCCUGAUGUUGGUGAGCAUGGCAUGGUGUCACGGGGAGCGACUAUGGCUGCUGAAUCAUCCAGGACCUACUUUAAACGCCUUCGCAGGGGGCCAGGGCGAGAGGGUGCACGGCCCUCUCAACCAUAGGCUUGUACACUUGUAGUUGUAUUUAGUAUUUACUAUUUACCUUUGGUAUUUGUAUGAAACAUUUGAUGAUGAUCAUAUGAUGACAUGGAUUUUUUAUUCCAUGAGUUUUGUAAUAUUGUAUACAUUUGACAAUAUUUAUAUAUCUAUGUUUCUUAUUUUCUUCAGCUACAA